AUGGAGGAGCUGGCCACCGCGCUGCCGCCGCCGCGGCACCGCCCGCGGAGGCACCGGAGGAAGGCGUCCGACUCGGCCACCUACGGUGACGUCUUCGGCGGGGGCCCGCGGUUCGAGCCGCCGCCCCCACUCGCGGCGGGGGUCCCGUACUCGGAUGUGUUCGGCGGCGUCGCCGCCUCCUGCUCCAUCCCCUACCUCGACCUGCCCCCCGCCGCGGCCGGGGGCCGCGACGACGGCGCCGGCAGGUACGGCGAGAUCUUCGCGCGGUUCGACUUCGGGGAGCUCGCCGCGCCCUACGAGGACGUGUUCGCGGACCAGGACGAGGAGCAGCAGGGAAUGGCGGAGGAGAUCGCGUCGUGGAGCGGGAGCUCAAGAUCAUCUAUCCGAAAAGAAUCUGGCGAAGUGGAUGCUGAGCCAUCUCUACUCUAUCAACACUAUCCAAAUGUGGUUUAUGACCAACAUUUUGAUGACGAACAGUUUUCUCCAAUAUCCUUGCCUCAAGGUGGUGAACAACAGUUCAGCAUGUCAUAUAAUAAGGCCGCCAGAGGAAGGCUGGAUGAUCUAGUUGAAAUAACUACUUGUGUGGUGGAACCUUCAAUAAGUUUUGUGGUUGACUCUUGCAACUUGUCAAAUGACUCAGCAACGGAUCAUGUACCGGCAAUGGAAGAUGGCACACAUGCUAAUGGCGAAAAUAAGGAGAUGGGCCCAACACCAGUCCCUGCAAGUAGCGAGUCUGUAGCUGAUGAGCAGCAGCAUGUCGCAGCUUGUCCUUUCACUUCUGAAAACCUUUAUGAAGAUGAAAAAGACAACAGGAGGUCUAGUACUCAUUCAGCCUCAAGUGAGGAAGUACCUUCUCCAGACUAUCCAUUCUUAAGGGUGUCCAACACCUGCAUUCAAACACCACCCAUCAAAGUACAGCCACCAUCGAUGCUACCAUCAACUUUGCUUAAUAAAUCAACUUCUCUUAAUAAAAAGGAAAGUAAAGCAAAUGGAGAUUCUCAGGUCAAUCCUAACUCUGCUGCUGCUGCUGCUAUAAAGGAAGCAAUGGAUUUUGCUGAAGCGAGGCUAAAAGCUGCAAAAGAAUUGAUGGAGAGAAAAGGCGAUAGUUUUAAACUCCGGAAGAGGUCAGGUCAUCAUAGAGGCACAAAAUCGACAGAAAUCAAGGAAGAUAAGAGUCUUGAAGAGGUGCAUUUAGUUGAAGAAAAUGAGACCUUGAGACGGUUAGGAGAAGAGGAAAAUAAUUAUGAUGAUAUGGCUUUUCUGGAUAAAUGCAGAGACAAUAGUGUAGUUAAGAUGGUUGACUGUUGUCAUGAAGAGAAGGGAGUUCUACCUCCAGGGAAGCCUCAGCAGAUGAUGGAGGAUGGCAGUAAAGUAGAUCAACUAGGCAAGUGGGCAUCCAGCGCUGAAUUUUAUGACCGGAUUAACCAUGACCAGAAAUGCACAACUAACGCAGCUGCAUGUGAAGAUGAUAAUGGUCUGACAGCAAAUCCCUUCAUCACGCACAGCCAGGCUGAGAAAGCAAAAGAAGAGGUUACUACAGGGGAUUUGGAAGUAUAUGGAAAUUUGUCGGAUGGUAAUGACAAAACAGAGCUGAGAAUGAAACGUGUAGAUCUUAGAGAACCUGAUGCAGCUUCUUUGGGGGUUGAGCAUAAGGCUUCUACAGCUCCUGAAGUUUCGUCAUGGGAGGAAAGAGCGGUAUACCAAGAAACAAUUGAUUCCCACAUUAACAAAUAUGUAGGGCAAAAUAAUUCUCCAAAAGGCCGUGAUAAUGAUAAGAUAUUUGAGACUUCAUCUAUAAAUAGUACACCUCCAAAGCUGCAUGUUGUCCAACACAUAUCCAGUUUUUCUUUGGAGGCUUGUAUAUCUGAAGACCAUGCCAAUGUUAAAAAAAACUAUUGUGCUGCUAGUACUGAGGAAACUCCACUAGUAGGAAAUCCUAACAAAGAAAAUGAUGAUAAAGAGGAACUUGAGAUUCUUUGUGCUGCCGAGACACCUUGCACUUCUAUAAGGAAUCAAAUAUCAGAUGAACAUCUGGAAGUUCCUUAUAUUAGUGAAAUUGAGACGAGUCAAGAGAAAAUAGCAAAAUUAGAAGAGCCUACGGAAUAUCAUGAAACCCAAUGUUCCCAGAAGAUGUCGAGGACAGUUCACAGGGAGGCUGAAACUUACGAGAAAGACAAGUUGUUUAGUUCUGUUGAUGAAGCAUGUAGGCAGAAUGAAAAAGAAAAAAUAUCUGACGUACCUUUGGAAACACUCAUCCAUGAAGAAAUGAAGAAAUUUGAAACUGAAGAGAAAGCAGGCCCGUGUGAAGAAGCGAAAGUAGCAACAUUAGAAGAGCCUGCGGAAUAUUAUGAAACCCAAUGUUCCCAGAAGAUGUCGAGUACAGUUCACAGGGAGGCUGAAACUUACGAGAAAGACAAGUUGAACAGUUUUGUUGCUGAAGCAAGCCUGCAAAAUGAAAAAGGAAAAAUAACCGAAGUACCAUCGGAAACGCCCAUACGUGAAGAAACGAAAGAAUUUGAAACUGAGGAGAAAACAGGCCCGCAUGAUGAUUUCCAAGAGGAAGAUGUGUUCUGGGAUGCCGGAUCUCCUGAAAAGGAUGCUAAUGAUACUCCCAGAAGUUCGAAUGCUGAUGCAAAUGACGAAGCAGAAGUGUUGAACACAUUUUUGGGGGAUUGCGAUAUGGAAAGCAAUGUUAAAACAUGUGAUACUUUUGCCAAAGAUUCAGAUCAACACCCAGAGUCUCAGGGAUCGCCUGAAGACUUGGUAAACAAAAUGGAUAGAGUUGAGAAUCUUGUAUCCCAUGGUAACGAAAUGGAAGCAAAACAAACCUUGUCGGAGAAUAGCGAGAAGACAGUGGUGGAAGAAACGUUAAACCAUGAUAAGGAGAGCCAAACAUCCACGGAACUUGACACCACCAAAGGACUAAAUGAUGUCUAUGCAGAAAUAAUUGCAAGGAAUGGUAGGGAGCAUAGCGUACUUCAUUCUGAAACUGAAGUAAUCACCGAUGAUUACAAUGAUUAUACCAUGAAGAUGGGCACAUGUUCAAAAGAUCUGCAGCCUUCAUUCUCAGAAGCAUGCACUAGCAUGCCACACUUGUCUCAGAAUGCUGAAUCUGUUUGUGCUCUGACAUCUGGUGAAAGCACUCCUUUCGUUGAAAAUAUUGAGGAAUGCACAAAAUCAGAUACUGGAUUUUCGACAACAAGGUACACAACAUCAGAAGGGAAAAAGACUGUAGACAAAAUGCAAGAAAGGGGUGACAAAGACAGAAAAUUUACUCUAGAUUUCAAGGAUCAGCAGUCAUUGGCAGAGGAUAGUGCAUCAAAGUUUGCUCAGAAAUCAAGAAAAGAUACCCCUGAUGCUGAGAGAGUUGAAGCGAGAGAUGAUAUAAGAAAGAAUGAAAGCGAAAAUGAAAAUGAAAAUGAGGUCUCCCUAAGAUCAGAUAAAGAUAAAGAAAGGGAAUGCAAAAGUGAAAAAGAACAAAGUAAAGAGAAAUCAAGAAGAGAACUAGAGGAAGAGAAGGAGCGGGAGAGGGAGCGGGCAAAAGACAGGCUUGCUGUUCAGAGGGCUACAAGAGAAGCUCACGAGAGGGCAUUUGCUGAGGCUCGUGCAACAGCUGAAAGAAUAGCUUUAGAAAGGAUUACCUCUUCACGACAGAGAGCAUUUGCAGAAGCACGAGUGAAAGAUAAGGCAAGUGACGAACCAGCUUCAGAGAAGGCUUCUAGAGAAGCUAGAAUAAAAGCAGAACGUGCAGCAGUUGAGAGAGCAACUUUGGAAGCUCGGGAGAGGGCAAUCGGAAAGGCAAAGGCUGCUGCAGAUGCUAAGGAGCGAAUAGAAAAGGAACAGAAGGCAGCUUCUAAUAACUAUGGAAGAAGCUCAGAUUCUUUUAAUCAAGAAACCGAGUUUGAAUCAGCUCUCAGGCACAAAGCAAGAUCGGAGAGGCACCAGCGGACAGCUGAACGAGCGGAAAAAGCUCUAGCCGAAAAGAAUAUGCGGGACAUGCUGGCUCAGAGGGAGCAAACAGAAAAGCACAGAUUGUCUGAAUUCCUUGAUCCUGAAGUCAAGAGAUGGUCGAAUGGGAAGGAAGGAAAUCUGCGAGCAUUGCUCUCUACGUUACAAUAUAUACUUGGUUCAGACAGUGGCUGGCAGUCGGUUCCGCUCACAGAUCUCAUUACAGCUGCUGCUGUCAAGAAAGCAUACAGGAAGGCAACCCUUUGUGUCCAUCCGGACAAAUUACAACAAAGGGGUGCAACCAUCAGACAAAAAUACAUCUGUGAGAAGGUGUUUGAUCUUCUUAAGGAAGCUUGGAACAAAUUCAAUUCCGGAGAGCGCUAAGGAGGGAAGAUAGGCAGCGGUGCUCAUUCUUUUAUUUCUAGGAGAACAUGAAAUUAGGUCAAAUCCAUAUAGCUAUAUCGUUGACAUUUUUAUAUCGAUGUAAAUAUGCGGUUCAGGGGGAACAAUUUUUUUACCAAUUCAAUAAUAUAGCAUCCCUUGUUCUUUAUGUCA